AGGUGUAUGAACGCACGAGAAUACGUGGUGGGUGCAGCACAAAUCUUGGAGUUAAGAAACAAAAGUAAAAAGCACAAACAAACCCAACAAGACAAGGUGUUGUUGACAACCCCUUACCCUUACCCACCCCACACCCCACAACCCCUUCUUCUUCCUCCCGUUUCCCGAAUUAGAUCCUCUGCAAUCCCCUUUUGGAGUUUAAAUCUGAACCUCCGUCCUGGGAUUUUUCAUCUGUUUCCAUUUUCUCUGCUUUUCAGCCUUUUUUCUGGGCUUCCUGACACUUUUGUGAGGCUUAAAAAAGGUUGGUUUGAAACCUAUUUGGUGAUUCUGAUCUUCCUCAUUUUUCUCUGGAAAAGACCCAGGACUUAAAUCUUAUAUCACUUUGUCGCACUGGUUGACAAUGGGAGGUAUAUUGGGAAAGGGUGAAAAGGUCGAAUCACCUAAGGCCUGGAUGCCGGAGACAAAGCUUGAUACCAAAAUAAAAGAGGCAAUGCAGCGAAGAGAAUCUGAAGGAAGUUCCAUGAAAUCGUUUAACAGGAUAAUUCUGAAAUUCCCAAAAAUUGACGAGAGCUUAAGAAAAUGCAAAGCCAUAUUUGAGCGAUUUGACGAGGAUAAAAAUGGUGCAAUAGAUCCACAAGAGUUAAAACAUUGCUUCCUUGAGCUAGAGAUUAAUUUUACUGAUGAGGAAAUCAAUGAUCUCUUCAUGGCAUGUGAUAUUAAUGAUGAUAUGGGAAUGGGAUUCAAUGAGUUCAUUGUGCUUCUUUGUCUUGUCUAUCUUCUGAAGGAUGAUCCUGCUGCCCUACAUGCUAAAUCUCGGAUGGGAAUGCCGGAUCUCGAGGUCACAUUCGAAACACUGGUUGACACAUUUGUGUUCUUGGACAAGAACAAGGAUGGUUAUGUCAGCAAGAGAGAGAUGAUUGAAGCAAUAAAUGAAACUACAGGAGGAGAACGGUCUUCUGGGCGGAUAGCCAUGAAAAGAUUUGAGGAAAUGGACUGGGAUAAAAAUGGAAUGGUGAACUUCAAGGAGUUUCUUUUUGCUUUUACGGGUUGGCUUGGGAUUCAGGACACCGAGGAUGAAGAAGGGGAAGAGAAUGUUUAAAUAAAAAUCUUCAAGAACUUCAGCCAUCUCUACCAACAAUUGGAUGACUUGCAACUAUAUGCUUUUCAGAGAAGCGUUGAUUCGUGUUUUUCCCAAUAAUAGCCAUACAUGCCGGUCACUAUCAUAGAGCCUCAGGUUCGUAGUGUAUAUAUAUCCUCGAGAACCCGUUGUGUUAAUUUUUGAAACCUUGCAACAUGAUCAUCUAUGGGUUUUUUUUUUUUAAUUUUAUAAUUAUUCUGUGUUAUUCCU